AGGCGAAGGCUCGUCAGGCCGCGGCUUCCAGAAGUAGCCUCGGAGUCCCGGCUCGGGCCGGGCGGGAAGGCGCGGCGGCCCGCGUCGCCCGCACACGCUCUCGCGCCCUCCCUGCCUGGCCGCGCCCCUGCGCCCAGGUGACCCAAUGACAGCAGAAAAUGAAAGGCAUUAAGAAAAGUGCCACAGAAGAAUCUUUGUACCUGGAGUACUCUCACCAGACAGAAGGCUGCAUCUUUCCUCUGCAUACAUCUGUGACUUUGUUUUUACUGUCGUACUGUGACUGCAAGGUCUUUAACAUUUGCUUAGUCCUUACCAAAGAACCUGCAGACACUUCACUCCUAAGAAAGGCCCUGUCCCUGGAUGUGGAAAUACAGGUUAUUUCAAGGCAGGAGCUCCCACCGAUAGUCCAGAAUUGCUGUUUGCCUGCUGUGGUGGAACAAUCAGACACUUUUUGUAGAGCAGGACUUGCUGUUGUCCUAAGACACAUAAUCCAGAAAUCCUAUGAAGCUGAGCCCUCAAGAAAAGAAAUUUUGGAACUUCUAGGUUUUAAAAAGACUUGUUUGAAAGCCUGUGCUGAGGUUAGUCAGUGGACCAGGCUAUGUGAACUCACAAUUCCUUUGGCUGUUGAGAAUUUUCUUCAGGAGUCUUCUGACCAGUCCCCAACUAUCCCUGAAGAGAUAAUACAGCUUGAAAGAAAACUGAGCGAGCCUGUCAGAGUACACAAUGAUGACAAACUCCGCAGACAGAAGCUGAAGCAGCAGAAGGCUGCUGGAGUUGGGCCUCCCUCUGGUAAGGGAAAAGCAAAGAGUAAGGCCAGUGCACAGCAGGCACCCAGAGAGUUGGCUGGCCAAUCCAAGAGUCUAGAGCUGAAGGUGGCCUUCUCAAAGCUCACAGUGCAAGAAGAGCCAGCUGCUGCCGGCAGGGAGCCUUCUCAUAUCAGGAAAGCAAAAUCCGCUGACCUUCCACCUCUGGAGCACGUGUUUGCAGAAGGACUGUACUUCACUUUGGCAGACAUCGUGCUUUUGCCCUGUAUUCACCCCUUUUUGGUAAUUAUCUGCAAGAAAUUUUCCGAGAAGCUGGAACAGUUUCCACUGCUGGCUUCUUGGUAUCAGAGGAUUCAGGAAGUUCCAAAAGUCAAAACAUCAGCUUCUAAGUGUGGGAUCCACUUUCUGUAUUUACCAGAAUUGCUCAACUCUACAAGUAAACAGCACCUGAACUCUAACGAAGUAACAGCUGUAGAGGAGCAAAAUGAUCCUUUGUUUACAGGAGGACCAAGACCAACCAUGACUAAGUUAAUGGAAAAAGGCAUUGAAGCGAUGUUUUCUCCACACCCUUGCCCUGCUUGGACCCUGGACUGGAACAGCCUUCCUGCUGCUGUCAGCCCUAAGGAAGGUAAAAUGUCCACUGAUCGAGCUUUGAGGAAGCAACAGCAGUUAAACAACCUUGUUUAUGUGGUGCUAAAUCAAGUCAAACCUGGCGACAGAAUUGUGGACUUCUGCAGUGGCGGGGGCCAUGUUGGAAUUGUUCUUGCGCACAUGCUGCCCUCCUGCCAGGUUAUGUUAAUAGAAAACAAGGAAUUGUCAUUAAUUCGUGCUAAGAAGAGAAGUGAUGAACUCGGUUUAAGCAAUAUUUGGUUCAUUCAAGCAAAUAUGGAGUAUUUUACAGGAAUGUUUAACAUUGGGGUAGCAUUGCAUGCUUGUGGAGUGGCAACAGACAUGGUGAUUGAGCACUGCAUCCAGACACGUGCCGCAUUCAUCACAUGUCCAUGCUGUUACGGGUUCAUUCAGAACACGUCAAAGUUUAAUUUCCCAAAAAGUGAAAAAUUCAAGAAAACUUUAUCAUACAAGGAACACAUGAUUCUGUGCAGAUUUGCGGAUCAGACAGCUGUCCAGCUUCCGCCCAAGCGAAGACUCAUAGGAAAACAGUGUAUGUGCCUGGUGGACUUGGACCGUGCAACGGCAGCGGAAGAACAAGGCUACUCUGUUCAAGUGAUAUCUAUGGAGCCAGAGAGCUGCUCUCCCAAAAACAACAUGAUUGUGGGCGUCCCCGUGUAGAAUGUGGCUCUUACACUUGAUGUCUUGCCAUUGGCUUCAUGACAAAAGCCCGAGGGCAUUCAGGGAGUUGUUAGUGUGUUACUGGAAUCAAUGUUGAGCAUCUUGAGCCUGUUGAAAGCUGCAGGAAGAUCUUGGAAGAAGGACACUCUUGCUCUGUGUGAAGAAGGAUGACUGGCUUCCUAAAGGGAAUCCCCUCAAGCCUCAUCUGCCAAAAAGUCAUUCUCACUGGCCAAGUUUCCACCAGCAGAACUAUUUCCUUACACGUUUUCCUAUUCUGUCAGUGAGAUAUUCAAUAGAAGCUAUAUCCUCACAGCCUUCACUUUAUAAUCUUUAGACAUUCACACUUGGUGACCAAAACUAAACUCAGAGGUGGUUGUGGUUUUCUAGUUUUAAAAGUGGACCUUUUCUAUGCUUUCUGUUCUGUUUUAAUCUAGAACGGUCAAUUUGGUGUUUUUAAUCUGAGGUUGCAUUGGCAUACCAUGUACUGUACUCCUUCUAAAUGUGUGUCCCGUAAAGGCUCAGACACCUCACAUAAAAAUUUCUACAAUGUAAAAGUGGGAUUAGAUACAAAUUUGAAUUAGACAAUAGAUAUAUUCACUAUUUAACUCCAGCAUGUAACGAACAGGUGCUGGGAUCUAUUGUUUUCAAGACCUUGGCCUAGGUUUUCGGAAAAUACAAUAAUGAAUUAUAUAAGGUACAUUGCUCUGCCUACCAAAGGAGAUCUUUUAGAUCUACAAGAGAAAAACUGAAAAAGAGAUUAGUUCUCUGUGACACUAUGACAUAUAGCCAUACAUUUGGAUGAGAGGUGUGCAGACUCUGGAAGCACAUUUGAACAGUGCUGACUGCCUACAUUUUCUUUGCAGCAGCCAGAUUUUUUAAUAACAGACACAGGCAACCCUCUCCUGUAGUCUGUUGCUGCUGACUACUUACAUGUCCUAAAGUAUCAGAGUUUAAAUCAUUUAUUUUAGAUAAGUUUUAUUUAGACAUGUUUUUAUAUCUAAAGGAAAAGAUCAAGGAUUUGAUUUGGCUACCAUUGUGUUUUAAAAUACAGGAAUAACUUGUAAGACAAAAUGGAUGGGAAAGGAAACUUUACAGUUUUGUAAGAUAUAAUUUAAGAUAAAUAAUCACCGGGCCUAAGUAUUUUAUACAUUGGUACUUUUAACCACAUCUUACUCUACUUUUAAAAUCUGAGAUGUAAUUUGCAUACAAUAUGAUACAUAAAAAUUUUAUUGCUAUUUUAUUUAAUUGAAAAAAGCUUAAUACAGUAUAAUCUGAUCCUGGCUCCCUCACUUGACUCAGAUCCUUCCUGCCCCAUCCACCCAACUCCACGCCCUUUCUUUUUCUUUCUGGGAAGCAAGCAAAUAAACAAGAUAAUAGAAUUAAAAAGAAAGAAAGAAAGGAAGGAAGAAGGAAGGAAGGAAGGAAGGAAGGAAGGAAGGAAGGAAGGAAGGAGAAAGAAAGGAAGAAAGAAAGAAAGACGCUCAGAAAAAAAUAAAAACAACAAAAAUAUCGGAAACUAUAAUAUAUAAGCAAAAGACCAAGAAGACAAAAAACGCUUAGUAAAAAAAGGGCGUGAAUUUGAAGGGGAGCAGAGACACAUAUAUGGGAGGAUUUGGAGGGAGGAAAGGGAAAAAUUGUAAUCAAAUUAUUAUCUCAAAAAAUUAUAAAGGCUGAUCUUUUCCAGGUCAUCCUGAGUGAGGUAUCCCAGAAGCAGAAAGACACACAGGCUAUAUACUCACUCAUAAGUGGAUAUUAGACAUAUAAUAUAGGAUAAACAUACUAAAAUCUGUACACCUAAAGAAACUAAUCAAGGAGGACUCUGGCUAAGAUGCUCAAUCUCCAUUCAGAAAGGCAAAGAAGAUGAACAUCAGAAGAAGGAGAAAAUGGAACAGGACAGGAGCCUACCACAGAGGGCCUCUGAAAGGCUCUGUCCUGCAGGGUAUCAAAGCAGAUACUGAGACUUAUAGCCAAACUUUGGGCAGAGUACAGGGAAUCUUAAAAAGAAGGGGGAGAUAGAAAGACCUGGAGGGGACAGGAAAUUACAAGGAGAGCAACAGAACCCAAAUAUCUGGGCACAGGGGUCUUUUCUGAGACUGAUAAUCCAACCAGGGACCAUUCAUGGAGAUAACCUAGAACCCCUGCACGGAUGUAGCCCAUGGCAGUUCAGUGUCUGAGUGGGACAGGGACUGUCUCUGACAUGACCUCAGUGGCCUGUUCUUUGAUCACCUCCCGCUAAUGGGGAGCAGCCUUACCAGGCCUGCUCACCAGAGGAAGACAAUGCAGUCACUCCUAAUGAGACCUGAUAGACUAGGAUCAAAUGGAAGGAGAAGAGGACCUCUCCUAUCAGUGGAUUGGGGAAGGGGCAUGGGUGGAGAAGGGGGAGGGAAGGUGCAAUUGAGAUAGGAGAAGGGAGGGAGCUACAGGGGGGAUACAAAGUAAAUAAACUAAUUAAUAAAAAUUUUAAAAAGAAAAUAAUUAUAAAGGCAAAAAAAAUGCCCAAACAAAGCAACAGGAACCAAAAGUCUACAAAAAUACUAUUGAGUUUGUUUUGUGUUGGCCAUCUUCUGCUGGGCAUGGGGCCUGCCCUUAAGUGAUGCAUGACUGGAGAAAACAAAGUUUGCCCUUUCAAAUGGCUAUCAAUUGCAUAUAGCUUAUUGGGUAAGGGUAGGAGCCUGUGUCCACUUCCCUCUUACCAGUUGUGGCACUUUCUUCUGGCUUGUUUCUGUGAAGGCUGCUAUGAUCUCUUUGGGUGCAUAUGUGUAUCAGUCCUGUUGGGUCUAGAUAGAUAUUGUUUUGUUGAAGUUCACCAUCCCCUCUAGCUCUCAAAAUGUUCUACCUCCUCUUCCCAUGGCUUCCUGAAUCCUGAGAGGACAAGUUGGAUGACUUCUCACUAAGUGUUCCAGAAUCUCUCUGCACAUUGUCCAGUUGUGGGUCUCCAUAUUAGUUCCCAUGAACUGAAAUAGGAAGCUUCUGUGAUGAUGGCUAAAGAAAGCACUGCUCUGUGGGUAUAGCAAUGUCUUUAGGAGUUACUUUAUUGCUGUGUUUCUUCAGCAAAAUAAUAGUAUUUGGUUUUCCCCUAGGUCUGUGGCUUAUCCAUUCUAAGGUUCUCGGCCACCCAGGCAGUGUCAGGCAAGGGUUCCAUUUUGUAUAGUAGGCCUCAAAUCUAGUCAGAGAGUGCUUGGUUAUUCCCAUAACAUUUGUGCAGUAUUGCAUUGGGAUAUCUUGCAGGCAGGUCACCAUUGUAGACCGCAGAUCUGUAGAUUUGUAGCUAAGUUGAUAUUUACCUUUCUCCUAUGAUAGUGUGCAGAGUGCCUUCCAAUAUCGUGUACACACAAAGGUUCUAGUUAGGCACCAGCCCAACUUCUCCAUGUGAUAUAUCAAAUCAUUAUUUAUGUAUAGAAAUGGGUAUAUGUGAGAGAGUAUAUCAUUUUGACACCGUUUGUUGUUUUUAAAUAGAAUCACAUGUCCUAUUGGCUGGCCUCAAA